GUAUUUUCAUUACCGAAGGUGUGUUGGCCGCUCCCGCGCCGGUGUGUCUCGCAAUAAUCCGCUGUUGCACUAUCGGCAGCAGCUCCCACGGCACACCAACUGAUCGUCAUCUACGAUACUCGAAAUACACGAAAACGCUGCUAGUUCGGAGCAAUCGAUCCCGCAUGACUUUGCUACGGUAGCAGAAGCAGCAACGUAUCGCAGAAGAGUGCGUUUCGUUGGCGAACGUUUUGGGGGUGAGACGAUGUCGCUGCUAGUGUUCCUGAUUGCGGCCGCUCACUGUGUGUACACACCCUUCACCAAGGUGGAGGAGAGCUUCAACCUUCAGGCCAUUCACGAUCUUCUCUACCAUCGAGCAAAUCUUUCCGAGUAUGAUCAUCACGAGUUCCCGGGAGUGGUCCCACGAACAUUUUUGGGACCACUUUUUAUAACGUUUCUUGUGUCGCCGAUUGCAACGCUUCUGGAGGUGCUAGAAAUCAACAAAUUCUGGAUGCAAUAUGUUGUACGGUUUGCGCUUGCCGGGACGGUCGUGUUCGCCUGGAAUCGAUUGAAGGUCACCAUUUUGCACAAAUUCGGUGUAACGGUGGGCGUUUGGUUUAUGCUCAUUACUGCGACACAGUUUCAUUUCAUGUUUUACUUGAGCCGCCCAUUGCCAAACAUUAUGGCCCUCCCAUUGGUGUUGCUUGCGGUCAACUACUGGCUUAACCGAAGCAUGAAACUGUUUGUCCUGUGCAGUGGCGCUGCCAUCGUUAUCUUUCGAGCCGAGCUGGCGAUGCUGCUCGGGCUGUACCUGCUGUACGAUCUGUACUACAAGCGCAUCGCCUUGCCAGUGUUUCUGCGCGUGACGAUACCGUGCGGGGUGCUACUCGUGGUGCUGACGGUUUCCGUUGAUAGCUUCUUCUGGCGCCGACUGGUUUGGCCCGAAGCGGAAGUGUUCUGGUUCAAUACGGUUCAGAACAAGAGCUCUGAAUGGGGCACGUCACCAUUCCUCUGGUACCUCUAUUCGGCGCUCCCCCGUGCGAUGGGCCUUUCAAUACUGUUCGUGCCGUUUGGACUGUAUGUUGAAACGCGAAUCCGCUCGCUGGUGAUACCUGCGGUCGUGUUCGUGAUGCUGUUCUCCUGCCUGCCCCACAAGGAGCUUCGCUUCAUUAUCUACGUUUUUCCACUGCUAAACGUCGCUGCGGCUUGUGCGUGCAAUCGAUUGUGGAUCAAUAGGCAUAAGACACUUUGGAACAAGUUUUUGUCCUACGUUUGCAUAGGCCAUUUGAUUGGGAACACGUUCUUGACGAUGUUUUUGCUGCUGGUGGCCGGGACAAACUAUCCGGGUGGUGUGGCUAUCUCAAGAUUUCAUCGCUUAGCAGCUGGUGAAGAGCAUGUGUCGGUGCACAUCGACAACCUAUCGGCCCAGAGCGGUGUGUCUCGUUUCACUCAGAUCAAUCCCAAUUGGAGGUACAGCAAAGAAGAGAACCUUCAGCCGGGGCACGAGAUGUUGCAUCGGUUCGACUACUUGAUUGCUGAGGCGCGUGACAAGUACUCGGACAAUAUGCGCCUGCUGCUGCAAACCCACGAGAUCCUAGAGUUUGUCGAAUGUUUCAACAGCAUCGGUCUGCAGUAUAAGUCAGCUUUACCGGUGAAAAUUAAAACAAAACCGUGCAUUUUCAUCAUGCGCCGUCGCUAUGACAUGGACAACAGUGGGUCGCCGUGGGCCACGUUCGACAAUUUCAUUGGCGAUAGCUCUGGGAUGAAUAUGGAUGGUUUGUCCGACUUUGACGAAAGCAAAUCUACGCCGCCUCUGCCAGGCUCUCAACAAAUAUUGCCGGAUGAUGCUGACGAGCCGGAUAUGGAUGGUACGCAAGAAGAAGACGAAGAAGAAGAAGAUGACGAGAGAUCCGGUGUUGCUGACGGGGUAACUGCAAAUCUAAUACCACCUGGCGACGAGCGGAAAAGUGAUACGGUAGACAGGCGAAUCAAACGAAUCGGGAAACCAUUAAACAUCAAUAAACGACCAUUCCGCUCGGUAUCCGCUGGCUCGCCGAAACCUUACGCCAGAAGAGGCAAUCUCAACCAACCGCCGUCUCGCGCGGAAGAAGCCCAUGCGACGCAGCUCAACCACAUCGAUCAACUAAACGACCAUUCGGCCGCCAAUAGCGAAACAGACGACAGUGAGGAGCCAGCGCGUUCGCAAACGACCACCGGAGCAUACCUGCAUGUGAGCAAGCCGUUAAAGAAGGUGAAAACUGUGCAAAAUAUUCUGAAAGAAGAAAAGCUACGCAAACUAGCGACCAAAUUGACGAAGACAAGUUUCAGUGAGGUGUGCAAUCUUGAUACGAUGUCAAUGAAGGAUUGUUUAAAGAUGAUUAUCGACGACUCUGAAACCAGCAAGUUGGAUGAUUAGACUCCAGCUAGUCGGUAUGAUUCUGUGCUGCGAAAUAAACAACACAUGUACAUUGUGUAUAUACAUUUGCGAAA